UAACAUAAAAAAAGUUUUUAUUUUUUUUUAAAUCACAAAAUGGGAUCGAAUAUUGUCGAUAUGUUUAAUGGCGGUACGGUUUUAAUAACCGGAAGCACAGGAUUUCUAGGAAAACUUCUUACGGAAAAGUUAUUGCGGUCCUGCGAAAAAACAAAUAUUGCUAUUAUAGUAAGAAGUAAAAAGGGUUUGACGGCUGAACAAAGGACUACAAAAAUGUACAACGAAAAUCUGUUCGAUCGGUUACGAAAAGAAAGGCCAGGCUUCAUGAAUUAUAUUAACGUUAUUGUUGGAGAUUUGACGGAAUCACCGUUGGGUUUAUCGACCGUUGAUCGUGACUGGAUUGUGAGAAACGUUAAUUAUAUUUUUCAUUGUGCUGCCACUAUAAGAUUCGACGAACCUAUUGAAAUUGCAACUAAAAUUAACAUUGAAGGAACAGAACAACUUUUGAACAUGGCCACACAAAUGGAAGCGCUGAAUCCUCUUACCACAUGGCUUUGCAGCACAUAUUUGGAACCGGACCCUGGGCACUUGGAAAACAUGAACGGCCCAACAGGGAUACUUGCUGGAUAUAUAGUAGGAUUUCUCAGAGUAGUCCCGAACAGAAGAGAUAAAAUAACAGAUUUAAUACCCGCGGACUACACAGUGAAUGCUUUGAUAUCGACCAUGUGGGAUACAGUGAACAGGUUUAAAAUGUCAUACCCGGAGAAGCCGAAAAUAUUCAAUUUUGUGUCGUCUGUUGAAAGCCCGUUAGUAUGGCAACAGUUUAUGACUGUAGUGUUUAAUUCCUACAAAGCUGCACCGCCAUUUACACGCAUAGAUUGGUUUGGAAUCAUAUUGAGGGUACUUUUACAUCGUAUACCCGCUAUAGUCUUUGAUUUCUUACUUAUUUUGACGUUAAACGAACCGAAAUUUUGGAAACUCUACGACAAAGUCGGGAAGUUAAUACACUUGCUUAGACCAUUUACCCUGAACGAGUGGAAAUUUAAUAAUAACAAUACACGAAAAUCGUGGUGUUCGCUGAGCCGGGAGGACCAACAAUUAUUUCCGUUUAGUAUGCACUACUUUGAUUGGAAUCAAUAUAUAAAUGUGUUUUACCACGGGAUCCGCAAACAUAUUCUCCACGAAGAAACCGAUAACAUUCCUAUGGCUUUGAGAAAAAAUCAAAUACUGUUCCGGUUGAAUCAAGUUUUCAUAUUUUCAAAUGCCUACAUUGUGUUGAGAAUACUUUGGAAUCGAUUGUUUAUGUCAAAAUGAGUUUUAUAUUUUGUUUUAAUAUUAAUAAUAAAAAAA